AUGAAUUCCAACAACGCGUCGGCUUUGAUAUCUGAAGAGUUCCCUCAGGCAUCUUCUAGCCGGCAUCCAUCACCCACAACCAUAUCUGUACCAGUCCAAGAUUUGAUCAAUGGUUCCAGUCUGUCUCCCUUGAGUGAUAGGAAAGGUAAAGGAAAAGAAAGGAUGGUCAAUAUCGAUCUUGAUCUCGAGCCUGAUUUCAAAAGAACGGAAGGAGGUCACGAAGAAGAUUCAUAUAAUAGUAUCAGUGAGGAUGAAAGGAACUCUACGGUAGGCUCAGAUACUGAAGGGGAAGAUGAAGAGAAUUAUGAAGCAGAACGACAACGUCGUAUACGUGAAAACCAAGUUAUUCUAGCUGGUCUGGGUAUCGAGCCAUCUGCUUCCUUUCAAGCUGGUUCAGGCUCUGGCUCAGGUCUCAUCAAUGCAACAGGAGGAUCAUCAACGUCGAAAACCCGUAAUCGUAAUUCAUCACCUACACCAGGAAGGAAACGCAAGAACGGCAGUGAUAUACCUAUACUGGACAGAUCAGGUCAUAUAAUCUCAUUACCACCUGAAGGUAAAACUCAUACAAUGGCAUGUAUCGAAAUGCCAAGUGAUCGAAAAUUGAAAAAGAGAAUAUCAGAUGGAGAAUAUAUAGAUUGUUCAAAAUGGUCACAAGGUGAAUGGAGAAGAUGGAAAUACGGUUUUGGAAAAGGAGGUGAUAUACCUCCUGACGAAGAUGAAUUUAUAGGUGGUGUAGGUAAAGAUUUCAGAUGGAGAAGAUGGAGAGGUUUAGAAAAAGAAUUAAGGAGUGAAAUGAGAAGAAGAGGUGAAUUGGUUGAAAUGGAUGCUAGACCUACUCAACAGGUUAUUACAGUACCAGAGGGUGUAUCCGCUUAUUCACUUUUACCGGGUGAACCAUGUCAUCAAUGUAGAAGAAAAUCAGAUAAACCUAAGAUGAAGUGCAGGAAUGUCAACCCAAUUUGUCGAGCAACUUUCUGUGAGACUUGCUGCAAGCGAUACAGUUAUUUCGACUUUGACGAAGAGUCUCGAUCCUUCAUCUGUCCACUGUGUAAAGAUAUCUGCAACUGUUCGAAUUGUAUACGAAAGAAGAACCUGGCCCAUCUUUUAGGCGAUUCAAAAGGGAAGAUCAAAAGACAGUCCAUCAAGUACUCAAUGGGAGCUGAGGCGGAAGGAGAGAUGACUGUUCAAGCAUGGCUGGAAAAAGCUGUCAAAGAUGUCUCUAGAGCGCCGUUCGAUUUAAUCAGAAUAGUUGAUCAAGAUAAAGAUGUCAUUUCACCUGAUUUACCACCGGAAGAAGAAGAAGAUAUUGGAGAUAAGAUAAUAGUUCAUAAACCUAGAAAAAUGCGAGCUAAGAAAAUGAAACUGGGUGACAAAGUUGAAAAGGAAACAGUGGAGAAACUAGGGGAGGAGAAACCAAAAGCUAAAAGAGGAAGGAAGAAGAGGAUUCUUGAUGAAAACGGUGGAAGUAAGGUUGAUCAAUUUGAUGGAAAUAAAGGAACGAUGAAAUCUAACAAUUUGGGCAACUUGAUAAUCAAGCUAAAGAUUCCCAAAUUGUCGGAAAAGCGAUUAGAUGUUAUUCCGCCCGAACGUGAGAGAUUGAAAGAAGUUGAUUCGGAUGGAGAUACAGUUGGAGAUUGGUCUUCCCAUAAUGGAGAAGGUGAACAAGUUGAUGAUUCAAGUUCAGCUUUAUCUUCUUUACCGUCUGAUUCACCUCCGAUCCCAGCCAGAUUCCCUUUUCCUCCACGAUCAGUCUUCUCCCAGAUCCCAGAUACCAAUGAAUAUCUAUCAACUUUACCUAGUACUCUCCAAGAUCAAACUCAAAGUCAACCUGUUUUAGUGGAAUCAACCAACGACAUACCUCCACUACCAUCACAGCCGAUGCAAUUCACCCCGCCUCCUCCUCUUCUGGUUGAUGCAAACACAAUUCGGUCAUCCCCAGACAUCAGUGGUGAUGAACAUGCUCAUCCCAAAAAAAGGAAAAGACCUCCACCAAAAGCGAACAUCGUUCGUGCCCCCAGACAUAGUUCGUUUUCUACCAAGUCUGAUCCGCCCACAAUCGUGAAUGCGAACGGAAAUCCUAAUCGUACCCAUCCUGCGGCAGAGUCAAAGCAUCUUGCUAUUCCCACGAAUGACAAUCAAAAGUCUGAGCGUGAUUCCGAACAUACUAUACAGAUGCAAGGCCCAAUUGAUCCACCUGUUCCUAGAUUUUCAAUACCGUUAGAAAACUCAGAUUCAAGAAUGGAAAUGGGGAUGGAUAACAGACUGGGUAUUGGACCUCCUGCAUUACCCAACUUCAUACCUCCACCUUUACUUUCCAUUCAACAUACUCAACCACACCAAUAUCUAAACGGACUUGAGCAGAAUCGGCCUUUUUCAUAUUGGGCACCGCGUGCAACCCUCAUGAGAGGUGAAAUGGAUACUUUGUAUAACUCAUCGAUACACCAAGACCAACGUCCAGAGUAUCAGCGACAACAAUUCCAAUACCAGAAUCAUCAACAGAUUGCGUCGAACGCUACUCCCUCCUCAUCGUACCCCACGAUUCCGCUUCCGGCAGACUACUCUUCAUACAGUUACAAUCCCACUUUACCGUCAAUGACUAUGCACUCGGAUGCGACCACAUUCGCGCCCCGAUACAGUGAAAGUCCUAAUGUAGGGAUUAUGGGAGGAAAUAAUGGACCUCCACCUUAUUCACAUUCACCGAUUAGAAGACCAUUGGUCCUGAGUCCAAACACAGAACGACAAUAUUUGGUCAUUGAUAGAUCUCCUCACUUCCAUCCUGCACCCAUACCUCAUUCUGAUCAGCCUUUUGACAGGACAACUUCGAUAGUGGAUCGGCCAUCCAGACCGACUGCAGACCUCACUUCCAAUUUUAACAUGAAUGCGAAUCCAAAUUCCUCGAGCGUCAUUAAUGGCAAGAGCGAGAGCACGGUCCAGGAUACCGAAAGGACGAAAUGGAAUGGUAAAUCUCUAUCGAAGACCAAGUCAAAACCGAACUCGAAAUCGAAGACAGAUGGGUUUGAUACAUUUGACUUGUUGAGUCUAGCUGCGGUUGAAGCUAGACAAAAUCCGAAUUUGGGAUAUAAUCUUGAUGCGAAUAACAACGUUAACGAUGUUUGA